GUAAAAACCAAGAGAACUGAAACUAACCAAACCUAUUUCCUCACAACACUAAUAGAUCCGGUACACUGUUCUUUUGGGCAAAGCUGUAAAAGCAAAUGAUAUUUGAGGUGUAUUUCUCCCGAGGCGAAACACCUCUUAUUACAAGACAGAAGUCGAAAUUCACUGGAAAGAAAUGGCAGAAUCAGCAGCGAGUCGGUUUGUGGAUCAGUUCAGCUGUCCAGUCUGUCUGGAUGGACUGAAGGAGCCGGUGACGAUUCCCUGUGGACACAGUUACUGUAUGAGCUGCAUUACUGAUUGCUGGGGCCAGAAGGAGCAGGGGCCGCCGUACCGCUGUCCCCAAUGCAGAGAGAGCUUCAGUCAGAGACCUCUACUGAAGAAGAACACUCUGAUAGCUGAGAUGAUGGAGACGCUGCAGCAGACGGCCCUACAAACGGCUGCUGUGGACUGUGAUGUUUGCACUACAGAGAAGAGCAGAGCUGUAAAGUCCUGUCUGCAGUGCUUGGCCUCCUUCUGUCAAACUCACCUGCAGCUUCACUAUCAAUCUCCAGCGUUUAUGAAGCACAAACUAGUCGAUGCCUCCAGAAACAUUCAGGAGAACAUCUGCCUCAGUCAUGGGAAACUUCUGGAGAUUUACUGUCAGGACGACUGUCAGAGCAUUUGUUGUUUGUGUACUGAUAAUCAUAAAGGACACAGUGUGGUGUCUGUGGAUUCAGAAUGGACUAGGAAAAAGGAAGAGUUAAAGGAGAUAAAGGAGACGUGCCAAAAACUGAUCCAGGAGCGAGAGAGGGGUCAGCGGGAGCUCAGUGAAGCUCUGAAGCUUCUUCAAAGUUCAGCGCUAGAGACCAUGGAGAACGUUGAGAAGGUCUUCACUGAGCUCAUCUGCUCUCUUGAGAAGAAACGCUCUGAGAUUAAAGAGCAGAUCAGAGCUCAGGAGAAGACCGAGAUAGAUCGAGCAGAGGAACUUCACAGACAUCUGGAUCAAGAGCUGACAGAACUCAGAAAAAGACAAGCUGAGAUUGAAAAACUACUGAUUACUGAGGAUCAGGUCAAUUUUCUGAAGAGCUGUCAGUCUGUGUGUGUUUUACCCACAUUUGAAAACGUUCCCAUUACACAACACACUCAUCUGUAUUUUAAAGAUGUUUCAAUCUCGAUAUUUAAGGAGGUUUUGGAGGACAUCUGUCAACAACAAACAGCUAAAAUAUCACAAGAAGUGUCAAAAGUCUGUGUUGCCAAGACCCAAAAUGAUUUUUUGCAGUAUUUCUGUGAACUUCACCUGGAUCCAAACACUACAAACAAUGCCCUCAAACUAUCUGAGGACAACAGGAAAGUAUCAUUUACAUAUAAAAAACAGCAUUAUCCUGAUCACCCAGAGCGAUUUGAUAGAUAUGUGAAUGUCAUGUGUCGAGAGGGUUUGUGUGGUCGCGGUUACUGGGAGGUCGAGUGCAGUGGAAAGCAAUGGGCUGUAGCAGUUUGUUACAAAGGAAUUGGACGUAAAGGAGACAGUGAUGACUGUAGACUUGGUGACAACAAAAAGUCCUGGCGAUUCAGCUUCUAUCUACAAAAUUUCUAUUUCACACAUGACAAAAAGAAAGUCUCAGUCCCUGCUGUCUGCUCCUCUAGAGUAGGAGUGUAUCUGGAUCAUGGAGCAGGAACUCUGUCCUUCUACAGCGUCUCUGAGAAAAUGACUCUUCUUCACAGAGUCCAGACCACUUUCACUGAACCCUUAUAUCCUGCGUUUUUUGCUGGAUAUGGCUCAUCUGUCAGGAUCAUAGAAGAGCAGAGUUUAAAAAUAUAAUUCAUCAGAAAAUAUUACAUGAAAAUGUCAUGACUGUAUUUGAUAGU